AUGGAUCUGUCACUGCUUUGCACGCACGACCAAACACGGUCACCGGCGUCUCUCACGGACAGUCAAACGGGGGAUUUAGACUCCAUUCCUCUUUUGCACGGUCCUAGAGGAAACACACUGUCUGCAUAUGAGACAGGAACACAGACCAUGCCAGAUCUCCCGCUCCAGGCUGACGAAUCCACUGAGACUUUAACAAACGUUUCCGCAUGCCUCUCUCAUGAGAAAAGCGCUGACUCAGACCGUUUUAAGCUCUCAUCACCCGGCUAUAAUGUCUCACAUUGUUUUCCACUUUGCUCACAGCCUGUGCCAACGGAUAAUGAUCUCAGGGUUCAUUCCUAUUUCGGCUCAUCAGAACCCAUGUUAACUCUUUUACCUCACCUGACCCACAACCUUACCUCACCCCCAUCUGAAACUUUCUCAGAGUUUUACGUGAAACAACAGCCAGCCCUCUCCGUUCCUCUCAUUCAAGACAACACUGCACCUGGGGCCAUGUCAUCUAUUUCUGAGGGUUUGAUGGAAAUGUCCACCGCUGAGCCUCUCACCAGGCUCAGCUUCAGCUCCGAACACGGUCGAGCCACUUAUCCGCUGGGUUCAUCGUCACCUCACUCUGAUAGUUCAGAGAGUGACAAAGCUGAGGCACCUAUGUCGGACCUUUACAUCUUUGAGACUGAGACGCGGGACUUCCUGCUGAACCCUAAUGUAGAUCCCCAUGAGAUGAAAUGUCCCGAUUGCCAGCCAUUAUCACAAAUAGAAGAAAAAGAGGUGCAGCAUUACUGCAAUACAGAUGCUCUGAGGUGUGAUUCAGCAGACACGCUGACAAAAAGUCGUCACAGCUCUAGUGAGGAACAGGCUACGGUGUAUUAUGAGUCAGACGUGGGACAACAUGCAGGGCCGAGACCACCUGCUGCGCAUGCCUGUGAGGCGAGCUCGAUGUCAGUAAAUGAUGAGAGACGUCCGACUGCAGAGGUCAGCGGUUUAACCCCCAAGGCACGACAGAGCCACAGCCCUGUCGAGCUGUGGCUGGACGCAUGUCAGUAUCUGGCAGGUGAGGACACAAUAGCUAUGGAUGUUUUGGACGGGACGAGUCGUUCUGUGACGCAACAGGGACCCUCAGUCACCGGUGACUUAUCUUUACCGCCUGGAGAGACACGGGAGUCAGGUUGCCACUCCGAAGGCAGGGAGGGGAUUGGCUGGUCCUGCGAAGACACCAGAGGCUGGGGGCCACCGGUUGAGAGGUGGUCAUCAGUGGACAGCUGGGCGAGUGCACUCUCGGACUGGUCCGGGAUCUUCACAGCCUCGCCAGGGGACAUCACAACUGCCUUCACAGAGAUAGGAGCUGAGAUAGAUGCUUUGACGCAGGCACUAGCAGGGGUUAAUACUGAUACAAACACAGAGACAUCUCAAGAGAGACAGAGUCGGAAGACAGCAGCGCUGGUCCGACCGCAGCCACCCAUGGGCAUCCAGGAUCAGCCUCGGGGCGCUGAAUCUUUGUGUGAUUUCACUGCUACCACACAAGGAGAAGAGCAGCCAGAAGAAAUCCAGAGCAGCCAGAGUGAGUCCUGUACAUGCCCCAUUCACCCGCACUCACCCAUGGGUUCAUCCAGUGCUGUGGUGGCCUUUCCUGGAGGAUACGGUAAAGAUGUGACUGCAGCUACACUCGUCCCUGGAUCUUCUUCCUCUUAUCGUUUUGACCCAUCUCAGUUUGGCGGAUAUGACGACCCCUCGGAGACAGACAUUUUCAUCAGCAAAGAAGAUCCCAUCAUACUGAACAUAACAGAGGACACAGACUUGGAGGAAGGAAUUGGAGAGCCCGGUGGAGACGGACUGUGUGAAGUGACAGAUGAACACAGAACUUCCCAGCCACGUUCGCUGGCUAAAAGGAGCGGUGGGCGGGCCAAGGUUGAUGGUGAAGGAACUGAAUCUUCACCGGAUCCUCACUUCCUCAACACACACACUCUGACCAACUCACAUGUGCCCGGUGUGGACACACAACCUGGUCUGCAUGCCAAUGUUCACACACACGUGUUGCCCGACACUUUACCAGACCUUGACGGCUCAUGUCAGGUGGAGCCACAGUGGGCGAGUCCUAAGUUUAUUAUGCCCUUGGCUCCCCUCAGCACGAGCUCCUCCCUCCUAUGUUGGACAGGCAGAAGUUUGGAAAGAGAUCAAGUUUGUGCCAAAAGGUCUCUCAAUGACAACAGAGGCCUAAGUUGUGAUCACGUACAACCCUGCGUUAUUUGGCCAACCUCAGAUGAGAUUACUGACAAACCCUCCUCGCAUUGUUGUGCAAAGCUGACUCAUAAAGAAGAAAGUACAAUAGACUCUGCUGAGAAAUCUUCCCCAGAAGGACAACUGGACUUACACACCGGCAACACCUCUGAGUGUUUCCUCCCUGAGAGAAAGUCAAUAAUUGAGGAGAUUAAUGACCUCAGUAGAGAACUCUCAAACUUGGCCGAUGUGCCUGCAGAUCAUUUCGUCAUCUCAGAGAAAAAACGGGUUGCAGUCAUCACUUUAGAAGUGAAUGACCCAUUUUUCUCCAGGCCUGCGAAGCCUAUCGCCGCAGCGGUACCAUCUGAAAAGUUUGAGCUGAAUCAGAAAACGACUGAAAAGAUGCCUCACAAACCUAACAAGCACAGGUCGGAGAGCAAGCCACGCUCCAAAAAGGACAAAUCCGCAGGUCACCAUCAUGGCGCACAGGUUUCCAUCAAGCAGGAGAAUUUAUCUCACCAUGUGUCAGCUCCGCAGACCAGCAAAGAGCAAGAAAUUCAUCUUCCUACUGAAGAAAAUCAUACCAUUGAGAAGAAUCCUCCAGCUGGACUUGAGGACAAUCAGGCUAAAUUGAGGACUGAAACCGACGUGGCAGCUGAGAAGGCUCCAAGCAAACCACAUGGUAAAAAGAAAAAGAAACAUGGUCAGAAUGCAACUGCUCUUAAGAACGUAGGGGAGCCACUGGUCGACGAGGAGCAUGCAGCGAAACCAAAGUCAGCAAAAGGAAGGCUUGACGUGUUCGAGGCCAGGCUGGGCGCCAAAGCUGAGAAAGCUCAAAAGGACAGUGCUCUGUCAGAUGGUGCUGAGAAAAAGCCCCAGCAGCUGGAGGCUAAAGCAUCGCAGGGAGAACGACCUGCGCAUUAUCCAGAGCAUAAAGACCACCAGCCAAAAACCUUCGCCAGGCCUCUGAACGACGACGUGAUUAAGAGACGACGUCUAUCAGAGGAUAAGUUUGGCAAGAUCCUUAGAGCCUUGGAGUCGAAACUACCAAAGCCAGACGUUUGUACUAAGGCGAGGGCAGAGGAGCCCAAGGCCGACGCUGGAGCGAGUCAUAAAAAGCCAUACAGUGAGGUGGUCAAACAGAAAGUCCCACCCAAGGAAGACCCCAAGGUGGUGCAGCCCAUCCAGGCGGCGUCGGUGAGCGGGGAGCCCCAGAGUCUGUCCCUGUGGUGCCAGUUUGCCGCCGUCUUCUACGACCACACGGCCACCUGGAGCCGAGAGGGCACUCGCCUCGCUGAGAUCAAGAGAAGUGCAGGGGAUGAGAGCAGAGUGUCACUCACCAUCUCCGACGCUUCUCACAAAGACUUGGGCAAGUACCAGUGUCGGCUCAGCAGCUCUCGUGCGUCGGUCAACCUGGACUACCUGCUCACAUACGAAGUGCUCAGUGAGAUAAUCAUUCCUCCAUCACCCAAGACCAUCUCAUCUGCUCCUGUCUCGGUGGGAAGUGACGAAGAGGACGUCCGCUGUUCCAGGCUGAUGUUCAAAGAGGAUUUCCUAUCCCACCAAUACUUUGGCGAAAACCAUCCUGUCAGCAUCAUCACCGAAAAGGUCCACUUUGGGGAGGGAAUGCACCGGCGGGCUUUCCGGACCUUGCUGCAGGCGGGUCAAAUGCCUCUUCUGCUGCCCGGACACACCUGCGUGCUCAAAGUUCACAACUCCAUCAGCUACGGGACCAAGAACAACGACGAGCUCAUCGAGAAGAACUUCACCUUGGCUGUGGAGGAGUGUCAGGUCCAGAAUACGGCGAGAGAGUACAUCAAGGCGUACACCGCUGCAGCUCGGUCUGCUGAAGCCUUCGGAGACGUGCCAGAGAUCAUUCCUAUCUACCUGGUCCACCGUCCAUCCAACGACAUCCCCUACGCCACACUGGAGGAGGAGCUGAUCGGUGACUUUGUCAAGUAUUCGGUCAAGGACGGCAAAGAGAUCAACCUGCUGAGACGCGACUCGGAGGCCGGACAGAAAUGUUGCUCUUUCCAGCACUGGGUCUACCACAGCACCGAGGGCAACCUGCUGGUCACGGACAUGCAAGGAGUGGGAAUGAGGCUCACCGACGUGGGAAUAGCCACUUGUAAGAAAGGGUACAAGGGCUUCAAAGGAAACUGUUCCACCUCCUUCAUCGACCAGUUCAAAGCCUUGCACCAGUGCAACACCUACUGUGAGAUCCUGGGCCUCAAAUCCCUUCAGCCUAAAGCCAAAAAGGCCACGUCUGCCCCCAAACCCAAACCCCAACCCCCUGCUGCACCCAAGAAGAAAAACUUUGGGCCAACAGUGAAGGGCAAGUCAUAACCAGAGUGGAAAUCUUUGGACUAUGGGUUGUUGUUGUUGUUGUUGUUGUUGUUGUUGUUGUUGUUGUUUUUGAAAUUGUGGAGGUUAAUGCCCCUCGGACUCCUCAAAGGUGUCAAACCAGCAAAGACAAUGGAGACAAAUGUAUCUGACUCUGACCGGUGGCCGUUUGUUUCAUCUCAUAUGUUAAACAUUUGAGAUAUAUAUUUCUAUUUUAUUGAAGAUUUCACCAGACAUUGUGUCUGUAUGAGAGUUUGCGAGGCUGUAUUCAUAAUGCAGGGGAAGAAAGUUUAUUUUACGAGUUUUAGGGAAACUGUGACAGAUUAAACGAACACUUGAAAGAGAUAAGAGAUGUAGUUUGUCUCCAGUGAUGAACAGUGCUGUCUUAGAUUGCUUGAUUGAUUCUGUGUGAUGACUGUUUUUCGACUUCAGUGAUGUUUUCAAACUGUCAGUUCAUUAAAUUAAUGAACUUGUUAAUUAAUUGCUUUGAGGAAAUGUCUUUGAAGUAGGCUGUAUGAUGAAUACACAAUAAAAAAACACACAUUAUGUUAUUUGGUGCUGAGUAACAAAAUGAGUGGGACAUUUUUGUGCUGGGUUGCAAGGUGAUUGAUGAAUGUAUUGUAUUUUCAGUUGAAUGUUUCAUUAUUAUAAUAUGUGUUCAUUGAGUCGUGGCAUUGAUUCACAAGAAUGUCAUGUCGUUUGUAUUUUGGAAAAUACAUUUUGUACAGGAGGAAAAAAAGCUAAUGUAAAGGAAGCCUUUGAUUGUAUUUACUGAUUUAUUCAUUUGUCAUUUCAUCAUCAGUUCUGUUUGUUAGAUUGAUUUCUGGCCUGAACCGGCGUAGCUCAAACAAGGGGAAAGACGUGGAAAACUAAAAGCAACAAUUACGCCACACUAGCCUGACACGGCCAAAACUAGACUGGUCCAUUUUAAUCUCAAUAGCGUGACGGCAGAUCAACCGAAGCCUCCAACUGCAUCCAUACGAUAAGCCUCUCGCGUUGCCUUUUAAAUCCCUGACCCAAAUUGCUGGCAUGGCUCUGAGGACGGUGCUGUGGCCGGUUGGCAAACGGUAGAUAUUAAUUAUUAAAGAGAUGUUGUUGGUUACAAAAAAAAGCUUUGUGGGUUUGUUUGUCUUUUUGUCAUUUCACAUUCUCUGUAAUGGGACCCUUCAGGCCUGCAGGCUGCGGGGAUGGGGCAGUAUUGCUGCAGGACUUUGACACUGUGUCUUGAUGAACAUGCAAACAUCUGCUCGCCUGUGUGCAUUGGACCAGGGCUGACGGAAUUUUAUAGAAUGUGAACAGCUUAAGGCAAAAAUGUGCAAAAAUAUUGUAUAAUACUGUAUUCACACUGUUUGCAUUGAUGAAAGCGAUUGUACAAUCAUAAAAUACAGCGUUAUAACGGUUUAAAGGUACAAGUGGCAGGAGCAUGAAAGAAAAUAGGCCGUCUCUUCCUAUCUACACAUAUAAAUGAAGUUGUCCAGCGACAAAUUAGCACCUAAAACGCAAAAGAAAGUAGGUCAGACUCAGGGGCCCGAGAUCAUGUACAAUGUAUCGACACACUACGUCUAUUUCCAUCUCCGACCCCCCUGCGUGGUGUAAUGUGUCCAACGCUAAAGCCGCGAUCAAAACGCUGGGUACACAGUUUCAAGCCUUGCAAGCGUGCGCAAGGAAGCUGUUCUUAAAUCUGCCCAAAACAACACAACAUUGAAAAUACAUGAAAAA